GCUGAGAGAGAGGAGAGUCACGGAGGACGAGAGCACCCAUGCUGAGCACUGAAUAACUAUUCGGCCUAUGAAUAUGUUAUUGAGGUUUACAAAAUAAAGAUGUCGCCGUUGGUGUUGGCAGUCGGAGUAUGCUUAGCUGCGUGGAUCACUCUGUAUGCUUUGCUGUGUUACACAAAUGGCUCUUGUGGCUAUGAAUGGAACUGUCGGCUAGUUACACUGUUUCAUGGCAUCCUUGCAGUCUGUAUAACUGCUUAUAUUGGAUACAUAGAUGGACCGUGGCCUUUCACCAACCCAGGUACAAAUAACACCCCUCUGCAGAUCACUGCUUUGGUGGUCAGUCUGGGCUACUUCAUCUUUGACAUGGCUUGGUGUGUGUACUUCUGUACAGAGGGCCUGGUAAUGCUUGCCCAUCACACUAUUAGCAUCUUGGGUAUACUGCUAACACUGUGGCUGGGUGAGUCAGGUAUCGAGUCCUGCGCUGUGCUGUUUGGCAGUGAGAUCACCAACCCCCUCCUCCAGACUCGAUGGUUCUUGAAACAUUCUGGACGCUAUGACAGCUUCCUUGGAGACAUGGUUGAUGUUCUGUUUGUGCUGUUGUUUGCGAUCAUGCGGAUUUUCGUUGGAGGCACCAUGCUGUACUAUGAAUUGAUCUCUCCGAGACCAAAAUUCAUCAUUAAAUGUGGUGGUUUGGCCAUGUACGCCCUGUCCUGGGUGUUCAUGGCUGACAUUGCCCGUUUCGCAUACCGCAAAUCCCAGGUCAAAUACCAGCGCUGGAUGAAUCGGCAGAGGAUGGCAGAUGUCAAUGGGCAGGAUGUGAAGAGAGACUGAAAGAUCUAUAAACAACCAGCUGAUCGGCCUAUCAUUUCUAACACUAAAGGUGAGAAUUGGAAUCAGAACAGAGAUUCCAGCUAAUAUCAGAAUCAGAAUGCUUUAAUGAUAAUAAUGUACUGUGUGCUCACAUACACAAGGAAUUUAUUUUUGGUGAUAGGAUAAACAAGUGCACUUAGAACAUUACAGUGAGACACAGAAUAUAAAACAAGGUAGACAUAAAAAAUAAUAGGACAUAUUACAUAGAAUGCCAUAUGUACAUGUGCAAAUGGAAAUCUAUGUGAAAUGUAUACAGUUAUUGAAUUAAAUAUGUGUGAAUUUACAUAUGUUAAUGAAAUAUUUAUACAUUACUGCACUAUGGGAGUCCUUAGACAGUUUAAUUAUUAAUGAGGAGAAUGGCCUGAGGGUAAAAACUGUUCUUGUCUGAAUGUCCUGGUGCUCUGUAGCGCCGGCCAGAGGGCAACAGCACAAAGAGGGAGUGGGCAGGGUGUGUGAGGUCCAGAGUGAUUCUACCUGCACGUUUCCCCACUCUUGAGACGUACAGGUCUUGGGGGGUGGGCACCAAUAAUCCUCUCGGCAGUCCUGACUGUUGUAGUUUCCUUCUCUGAUUUGGUGGCUGAACCAAACCAGACAGUUAUAGAUGUACACAGGACAUAUCAAUGAUGGCCGAGUAGAACUGUGUCUGCAGUUCCAGUGGCAGGCUGAGCUUCCUCAGCUGGCGAGGAAGCUCAAGUAAUAUAGCUCAAGAGCUAAUGUUUAGAUGUUUACAUAUUUUUUAAACAUGAUAUCGACCAAUACAAAAUGUAUUUAUGGUUUUAAAUUUAUACUUUUAAUAUACACAUGAAAAAAACAUCUGUGCUGUAUUAGAAUCCUGAAAGAUACAGUUAACCCAAAAAUGUAAAUUGUCUCAUCAUUUACUCGCCCUCAUACCAUCCCAGAUGUGUAUGACUUUCUUUCUUCUGCAGAACACAAAUUAAGAUUUUUAUAAGAAUAUUUCACCACUGAAUGUCCAUACUGUGCAAGUGGAUGGUGGCCAGAACUUACAUUUUUUGGUGAGGGUGAGUAAAUGAUGAGAGAAUUCUCAUUUUUGGGUGAACUAUCCCUUUAAACAGUUUUCAGUUUGUAUUUGUAUGAUUAAUUCAAGAUUUACAAACCUCUUACAAUCAAAUCUAAAAUUAUAUAUGUGUACUCAUAUGGCAUAAAGUCUUUAAUCUGCUCAGCAAUUAAAAUAUUUGAUAUUUUUUGUAAUUAGCAAUACUACUUGUGAUAAAUGAAUUGUUUUAUUAAUGUUGCUAUUAUACAUUUUCGUUAUACUUCAGUGUGUGAACAUUUCUGAAAUAACCAUGAAACACUAAAUGUUGUGUGUAAGAUUGCUAAAUAAUCUGUGUAAGAUUAAUGACUCGAAUAACAAAACAAAUCCAGAGAGAAAUAUAAAGUUCUGUUCUGUAAUCAUUUUAAAAUUGUUGAGUAAUGA